AUGGAUAAUGCCUUCCGGUUAAUCAUCAAGAAUGGCGGGAUCGACAGGAAGGCCGACUAUCCUUUUACCAGCCAUGACAAGAGGUGUGAUCUCACCCGGCAAAAAAAUGCAAAAGUUGUGUCCAUUAACAACGAGAGAGCAUUGCAAAAGAUGGUAGCGCACCAGCCUGUUAGUGCCGCUAUUGAAGCAUCCGGUGUUCUGCGACAACCUCCGCUACUCGACGCGCACAACGCGGAGGCGGACGCGGGCCUCCACGGCUUCCGCCUCGGCCUCAUCACCCCCUUCGCCGACUUCACGCUGGAGGAGUUCCGCCGCGGCCGCCUCGGCUUCCGCCGCAACGCCGCGGCGGCCAGGGUUGUGAGCAGCAUCGACGUGUUCACCGGCAAGUGCGGCAUCGCCAUAGAGCCAUCGUACCCGGUGAAGGAUGGCCCGAACCCGCCCAACCCGGGCUCGUCCCCGCCGUCGCCGAGCGUGGACAGCCCGAUGAUGGUGAAGGCUCUGCCGCGCACGCCGGCGACGUACACCGGCGUCAGGGAAGGAGCAGCAGCUGGUGAGAUCACUGUGCUGGAGCUCGUUCAUGCUCAGGCAGGCAGACGGCCUCUUGGCCUUGCUGUGGGCUCAGAAAUUGCUAGCUACCACUUGUGCUGUUCUGAGUUGUGA